UUUAUUUUGUAUGUUGUGUGCGGAAAAUUGAAAAAUGUCGAGCGAGGAAAAGAAAAAAAGAGGCAAAAAUUUUACGGCAGAGGAGGAGCAAGUGCUCAUGGAGCUGCUGGAAGAAAGAAAGAAUAUCCUGGAGAAUAAAAAGUCGGACGCAGCUACCUGGAAACAGAAAGAGCAGGCUUGGGAAGAAAUGGCAGACACCUUUUACACCAGAACAGGCAUUCGGCGCGAAUGGAAGGCAUUAAGAGACAAGUUUAUAAACAUGAAAAGGAGGUCCAAGGUAGAACUGGGUGAGGACAAGACCCACAGUUUUCGCAUGGGCACAGGAAAGUUUAUUGCCUUGAUGGGGGAUUCAACAGCAGGCUUGAGCAACCAAUUCGACAGCGAUGCUUCCAAUGUGCCCAAUGACAUGAGCUUCGAGGGGGAGGAUGACAUGUUUGCAAGUUCCACAGAUGCGCACGAUGUCGCCAAUAUUUCUGCACACAAGGAAGUCAUGGCAAGCACAAGUGUCGACUGGCCCAGUUGGAACCCAAGAACCCUGCGAAGCUUGGAUGAGGAAAAGAUUAAAUUGGUGUUGCUUCAGCAAGAUUUUUAUAAGGGCGAAAAUUUGCGAGCGCAAGAAAAACAUGACCACGAAAUGCUUAAAGAGAAAAUCAAGCUGGAUCAGGAAGUCCAAGAGGGAAAACUGCGAAUUGAAAUGAUGGAAUUGGAAAUCCUUGAGAAACGUGCUAGGCUAGAUUUGAAAUAGGAGGCAGUUCAUCUCGUUUGUUGCGCUGUAAAAAAUGAGUUGAUUAUCAAUCCUUAAGUAAUAGAAAAAACAAAGCACCUUCGGAAUGCCGAAGACUUAGUACCCUUGCAGAUAUAUAAACAGAGCUGUUGCUAUCGCAGCGCGAUCCUAAUUAGCGCCCAAAACAAUGUGUAAUAUCCGGCCGAUCUUUUGACGGAAUCUUCUUUUAUAUUACAGAGCUGCUUACUUUCGUAUUAUUUGUUUUCUAAAAUCAAUCUGAUUUCGUUGUUUUGGCCGGAUCCAAUAUAAAAAUGUACAUAUCUUUAAGACUCGCAAACGAAAUUGAGCACAGACUGACUUGACUAUAUCCACUCAGCUGGUCGUCGUAAUUAAAAAUAGUUUAUGGGCUCAAAUUAUUAGCCCUUAUUGGGCUAUACAUACAUUUCGUCAAAUGCAAGGGUAUAAUAAAUAGGCCGAGUUAAGUUUAUGGAUAAGCUAAAUAAAUUUCGAAAUAAUUUAGUAUUAA